GGUUAAUACGAGAUGCUGAACGGAUGGAAUUAAUGCAAAAUAUUGCACAAUGGUUCUACAUUGAAGUAACUAAUACUGGCCAAGAAGUGAAGCCGUACGACAGGGAUAUCAAUCUAGCAAUCGAAACUGCAUACAGACAGAAGAAGGAUAUAGUUACGUUUCUGAUUGAUGGACAGGACUACAUCCUUGAUUUCGAAAGCAUGGAAGAAUAUCCGGAGAAGAAUUUAGGAGAUAAAGUUAAAGUCAUUCGAAGAGACCUCGUUAAAGGUAUCGGUACCUUUGAGCCGCCACCUGAAUGGGAUGACAUGCAAGGUCGAAAUCUAAGAGUUGUUACUGUUAAACAAGGCACUCCGGAAUAUACUAGCAUUGAGACAAAGUUUAAAAAGUCUUUAGGAAACAAAUCGUUUACAGUACAAAAGAUUGAACGGAUUCAAAACAAAACACUCUGGGAACAAUAUCAGUCGAAAAAGAAACAAUUAGAAACACAGAACCCGAAGAAUACAAAAAAUGAAAGAGAGUUGUGGCAUGGUACGAGUGUCGAACCUGUUGAUAGCAUCAAUGCUCAUGGAUUUAAUCGCAGUUACUGCGGAAAAAAUGCGACCGUGUUUGGUGAUGGCGUGUACUUUGCUAUAAAUACCAGUUAUUCCUGCCAAGAUACAUACUCGCGACCUGAUAGCAACGGUAUAAAGAGGAUGUACCUGUGCCGAGUCUUGAGUGGGGAAUUUGCCAAAGGAGAAAAGGGAAUGAGAGUACCUCCACCAAAGCCAAGCGGAGGACCACAUGCGUUAUAUGAUUCUGUAACAAAUGAUGUAGACAACCCAAGCAUGUUCAUCAUAUUUCAUGACACACAAGCCUGUCCAGAGUACAUGCUUUAUUUCAAGGCAUAAAAUGAAACUUAUUCAAUAUAACUUAGAAAGUUGUACAUGCAGUUACUUAUUUCGGACUGAACGUAAUUGGCUCUAGUUUUGAAUAAUUCGAGGCAACGUUACAAAUAGUUUGAUUAAUGCAUGCAAAUAUAUGUGAAAAUGGUUUGUGUAGUGUUGUACUAAUACUAACUAUACGACUUUUUUAUUUUUAUUCUGACUUCUGUAUACGUAAUCUUUAAGAAAGACAAAAAAUGAUAUUUAUAUCUCCCGGCGAGUAAAACAGUCCGUAAAUCAGGAAAAAAACCUUUAAACGAAUGUGGUUAGAAUGUACACAAGGUUUAAGUAAGUUCCAUCAAAUCGUGUAAGUCAAGUUACACUAACUUAACAUACACGUUAAAAACUAUACUGAUAUGGAAAUAGUGGUACAAUAGAUUUUAAUUAAACUUUAAAUAGCAUUUCAAUGUUAUGUAAUUGUUUAAUCGGAACGUAAGAAUUUAUAGAAAACUUUUCCGACUAAAAUUAUACAUCGUUUUCUUCUUACGGCAAUGUUUUGAUUUCAAUUGAUUAUUAAGUAAUACUUUGUAGAGGGGGCAGUUAUUACGUAAGUAAACAACAGACCACAUAUAUCAAAUAUCCUAGUGUUUGCGGCGCAAUUAAUAAGACUAUUGACUUCUUAUGAUAACGCUGAAAAUCGAAAAAUACCCGCCCUCAUCCCGUAUGCGUGUUGCUUAUCGAAUAGUUAGAUUUACUUUAUCAAACUGAUUAUGCAAUAUCAUGUAUAAUAUGUCACUAUGAACUAUAUAAGCAUGACUGAAUGUAAGAUUAAUUGCCAUAAUUAUGUUGAACAUGUCUGUCAUAGGAAAUAGAUUUAACAAGACAUGUGGGUGUGCAUACUAUGAAUAAGAUAUUAAGUGUUUACACGACAAUUAUAUGACCCAGAAAAAGAUGCUCGCAACAUUACUUACUAUGUUGUUCGAGAUAUAAUAAAUGAUUACCAUUAAGGUUAUUUUCCAUAAAAAGUAAUUAUACAUAUAGAACAUGCAGUAAUGAAUGAAAUAUUGGAAGUUAGAAUUAUAAUUCAGAAUUAGGUCAUAGUAAACUAGAUAAAGAGACUGAAAUAUCACAAUUGUCACUAUAAUUCAGGUGUAACAAAUCAUGUAGCAGUGAGACAUGCAAUCUGACUAAAGUACUUGAUCUUCUAAACGAAGAUCUGAAAACGACCCAUUCGCAUCCGUCUUCUGUAUAUUUUGGAUUUCCAAUAUUGCUAUUUUUAUUUUCGCAAAUCUAUUUUUGUUUGAACCAAUCAGACAACUUGUUCGAAUGUCAAAGAGUAAGAAAAAUGUGCAGUUAAUCCAGGGCUCGAACCCGGGACCUCUCGCUUACAGAGCAAGUGCCCAGCCGACUGAGCUAACCGGCUAUCUGACAUUUUUCAACAUAAAAAAUGUUGAUAUCAAAAACCAAGGCUUUUUAAAGCUUGCAGAAUGUUGUAAGUUAGCUUUUGAUUGGCUAGCGGAAGGGUUGUCAGAACGAGGCCAUCAAUAGCUCGUUAUCAGAUCCUAUGCGUAGCGUGAUAGGAGAUGUACUUUAGUCAGAUUGAGAGACAUGGUACAUCUGGAUCUUUCAAACCAUUUUCAACUGAAUGAGUAGUCACUAAUUUCAGUGUAGGUUAUUGGUGGUGUGAUUGUUUUGUUACCAUUUUUGUUAACUCAUCCGCUUAGAUUUUUCCCUUUUCAUAGGGAUUUUGACAGCAAAAAAAACACAAGUCUUUGCUGAUAUUUUUGUAUGUUUCGUUGCUUUUCAUAAUAGGACGUUUUGUCAAUAUUAUUUGAUUUGUAAUUAAUUUUUCAUGAGCUUUUAUAAUAUGUUGCUAGCCGUAUAUCUAAUUUGAGGUACAGCCUGAACUAUAUUACAUAACAUAUUCAUACCAUUUUGUUGGUAACAUUAAAAUUAGACUAGCCACUAGACUGAUAAUAAAGAAUGUGCCAUAAAUUUCAACUUUUGUGAUUUUUCUUUUAUUUUAUGUAAAAGUGACAAAUGCCAGUCUUUUUUAGAGAUUUGCUCUGAGAACUGAUUGUAAUAACAUCGUAAGAUAUUGGACAUAGGACUGGCUACAUUCACAAUUGUGAAAAUGAAAAUUAGAAAAAAUAUCAUAGUCUAGGAGCUCGAGCUAGUCUACAUUAAAAUAUAUAUCAAUGUAAGCUUCGCUCAGUAUAAAACAUGACAUCCAUCCUAUACACUUGUUAUUGUAUUAACUCUGAAAUACAAAAUAAAGUUCACAAAUGAAACGUUUUUAGCGAUUAAAUUAUUAUCAAUAUUCACACGUCCCAAGCGAAUUGUUCAGUUUUGUUAUUGUGUUCUAAAACAAUUGUAAACAAUGUGUCGUUCAAUAACUGAAAGCAUAAAUCUUAAAAAAACAAACUCUUUUUACCGCCUACUUCCUUGUCACAGCUAUAGGAAUAUAUUAAGUAGUAUUAUGUAGAAAGACAAAUAAAUGUUUAGUAAGCAAGUGUUCACAGAUGACCUCUAAAGGUGUUUUAUAUUUUUCAUCCUUAAGUUAUAAAGCCUAUUUACUGAUCAACUGUAGCAACAAAUCUUAAACGUAUCACAAAACUUAUUAUUCUAGCAUGUAUGAGUGUUGUCAACUGUAUUCAAUAAAAAUAAAUU